AUGGAUUUUGAUAAUGAUAUGGAUAUGAACGUAAAUACAGACGAUUCCAACAACAAUGUUACGAAUGGUGACAGUGGUCCACAAUGGGAUCCGACAGAUCCCACUUCAAUAGCACUCGACACAAACCUUGCUACUACAUCUGCUGACCCUACAGCAAUUUUAACAACUUCGCGAAGAACGCAAGUAAAAUUAACGACAGAAAGAUUAUUAACAGAAAAGGGAUUACCAUACCUUUUGAAAAAUGGGCCAAAAAAUAUCAAAAUUUCCAAAAAGAAGAAGACUGACGUACAUGGGAAACCAACAAAAGCAACAACUACAUAUGAUAAUUUGACGAAUAUUACUAGAUUUUAUCAAAUUUGGGCUCAUCAAUUAUACCCAAAGGCUAAAUUUAAAGAUUUUUUAAAAUUGGCUUAUACUUUGGGGAAAACUGAUAAGAAUUUGAGAAAUUAUAGAAUUGAGUUGUUUCAAGCUGAAAUGGAUAAAGACAGAGAUGAUGAUCAUGACACUACUACUACUACUACUACUACUACUCUCCCGAAGGAAGCAAAUACUAUACCGAAUAAUAAUACAGCACAGGACGGACAUAGUGAUGCAGUUGCAAGUGCAUUCAGAGGCCAAUCGUUGUUUGUCACAGAUGAGAAUAUAUCGGAAAAUGAUGCUAGUGCAGAUGCCGUGAAUCAUGUAUCACCGCAUGUAGACACAGCGAAUAAUACGAACCAAAAUGAAAGUCAAGAAAAUUUCAAAAAUGCUGCUGAGGACGGCGACGACGACGACGAUGAUGAUGAUGAUGACUUAUAUUCAAUAUCAGCUAACCAAUCAAGAGAUAGAACUAAACAUAGGAUUCAAGACGAUGAAGAUGAGGGCGAAGAAGAUGAAAAAGAAGAAGAAUUACAAUCAGGGAAGACCGCUGACAAUCAUCAUGAUGAAGAAAUGGAACUGCUGAAAGAGCUUGAUGAAUUGAACAAAAAUCAAGUAUCCCAGAACAACAAUGAUGAUGAGUUUGAAGAAGAUCAAGACGCGUUAGAAGUAAUGCAAGAAUUUGGUUUCUAA